AACACAGUGGACUAUUAUGAAGUUCUAGGAGUACAGAGAUAUGCUUCACACGAGGAUAUUAGAAAGGCUUAUCAUAAAGUAGCACUUAAAUGGUAUCCUGAAAAAAAUCCACAAAAUAAAGAAGCAGCAGAAAGAAAAAAAAAAAAUUUCAAAGGAGUAGCUGAAGCAUGUGAAGUACCAAAUGAUGAAAAGCGGGACAUUUCUGAUAACUAUGGCAAGCUAGGGUUAAAUCGCAGAGGUGGAAGUGACUUUGACGAUGAGCAAGAUUAUGGCUCCACAUUCUGUAAGCCAGAGGAUGUUAAAGAAAUGUUUGGUGAAAAGGACACAUUUUCAUUUGACUUCUUUGAAGACUCUCUUGAAGAUCUUUUAAAUAGUCCAAGAAGCUCAAAUGGAAGCAGAAACACAAACGGAGGUGCAGGAUUCUUUUACUGUACUUCCAGUGAACAUUCAGUUUUUGAGACAUUUUCUUCAUUUGAUACAGGAUAGUCUUACGGUUCACUGGGGCAUGAGAGUCUUACUUCAUUCCCUUCCUUGGCAUUUGAUGAUACCAAGAUGGGCAGUUACAUGUAUGUUACAACUUCAGGCAAGAUUGAUAAUGACAGAAAUAUUAAUUCAAACAAAAAUAUUGAGAAUGAUCAAGAAAGAGAAGCCAAAGAUGAUCUUGAGUUGAAAUUUCUCCUUGUAAAUGACAUGGGAGGCAAAGAGGACUUUGCAGAAGAAUACAGCUGGAGAAAACAUUCAUUCAAUGAUUAUUCAUCAAAUUCCCACAGCCCCAAGCAUGUGUCUCAGUAUACUUUCAUGAAGAAUGAUGAGCAAGCUAUACCUUGGGUCCCUAGCAACUGGGGUUCCUCUAUUUUCUCAGUAGGAUUCAAAGAAGGUGGUAAGAGGGAAAAAAUGAAGCACAAAGAGGUACAAAAGUCAGCCAAAAGGAAUCACUAAAAUGACUCUUCAGACAUAUUAUGAUAACAUUUGAACAUGAGUCUGUGUUUUGGUUAGUCACAGUUUUAAGAAUAACCCUUGUUUAAUAUUGUGUAAGGGUGUGUCUUUAACAUUUUAAGCAGGUUUGUGGACAUUUGGUUAGUAGUUAUUUGGAUUAGGAGUGUCAGAGAAAGAUGAAUUUGUGAUGACAACUGGUGAUGUUAAGAUUGGAAACCUGCAGUAUUUUUUACUUUACCUUAUUUAUCAUGUCUCUUUUUUUAGGCAGGGUCUCACUAGGUAGUGCAGUCUGGCCUUGAACUUGCUUAUGCAGCCCAGGCUGGCCUUAAACUCAGUAAUCCUUCUGCCUCAGCCUCCCAAGUGUUGGGAUUACAGGCGUGCACCACCACACUCAUUUUAGAAAUCUGUCUUUAGCAGAGUUUAUGACCUAUGUCAUUUUUUGACCUAAUUAAAACCUCUGAACAAACUUGUGAAAUACAUAUAACAUUAGGAGAUAAAAAAUGUACUAUGAUACGUAGAUUCAGACUAUGAAAUUAUUCGGGAGAUGCCUUGGAAGCAAAGGAUUUGAUAUAUAUAACUUAAUGAUAUAUAAGUAUUUUAAAUUAAAAAUAGCCAGAUUUAUAUUUGUAUAAACAUGUUAUACUAUUUACAAUAGUCAAGAAGUGAAAGUAAGCCAAAUUCCAGAAACAGAUGAAUAAACUACACAUACCCAAUGGGGGGACAGCCUUAAAAAAAGAAAAUCGUGUUAUAUGCCACAACAUAGAUGAGCCUUCAGGAUAUUAUGCUAAUUCAAUAAAUGAGGUAUCUAAAGUAGUCAAAUUCAUAGUGAUAGAAAAGUAGAAUAGUAAUUAUCAGAACUGAAAAGAGGGAAGUAGUUACUUAAUGGGUAUGAAGCUUCAGAUUGGCAAAACAAAUGUUUCAAUGUGAAUAUACUCAAUACUAUUACUUAACAUGGUUAAAUUUUAUGUAAUGGGUAUUUUACAAAUUUUUUUU